AUGGCGACGGAGGAGGCGCCCCCGAACAAGCGCGAGGGCGGGAAGAGAAAGUACAGAAAGGAGAAACCAUGGGACAAUGAAAACAUAGACCAUUGGAAAGUCGAAAAAUUCACCAGGGAAGACAACAAGCAUCACUUCCUAGAGGAGUCCAGCUUCAAAGUGCUCUUCCCCAAAUACAGAGAAAAGUAUCUGCAACAGUUCAGCACAGACAUCAAAAAUGUAUUAAACAAUCAUUUCGUAAAGUUUGAAAUAAACUUAAUCGAAGGAUACAUGUGUGUAAGAACAACCAAAAAGACAUUUGAUCCGUAUAUCAUAAUAAAGGCGAGGGAUAUGAUUUCUCUGCUUUCGAGAAGUGUGCCCUUCAGUCAUGCCAAGCGAGUGCUAGACGACGAAACCUUUUGCGACAUCAUAAAAAUUAGCACCUAUGUAAGGAACAGAAAUAAGUUUAUCAAACGAAGACAGAGGUUGCUAGGCAGCAAUGGGACGACGUUAAAGGCUCUGGAAAUAUUGACCAACUGUUACAUAUGUGUCCACGGAAAAACGGUGAGCGUCAUUGGCUACUUCAAGGCACUUAAGGUGGUUAGGAGGAUUAUUGUCGACUGUAUGAAGAACAUCCACCCAGUUUAUCACAUAAAAGAGUUAAUUGCCAAAAGGGAACUGCAAAAAAAUGAAGAGUUUAAAAACGAAAACUGGGAGAAAUUUCUCCCCAAUUUUAGGAAGCGAAAUGCACAGAGGAGAAAAAUUAAACAAAAGUUGGACAAGAAGAAGGGGGCCAAGAAGGAGGAGAAGUCCGUCUUCCCGCCGGAUCAGCUGCCUCGAAAAAUUGACAUCCAGAUGGAGACGGGUGAGUACUUCAUGCGCCGCACCGCGGGGGGGAGCGGCAGGAAUGGGUGA